GUAGUGGCCGCUGUUAACGCGCAAAUAGAGCAAACAACAGUUAUCACGUAAUGUUGUCAAGAAGCAUGUGUUGACUGGCAAAUUACAGUAAACCAUUGAUCCUAAAACUUUGUUAUCAUGUCUAGCGACGAAGAUGCCGAGGAGCUGGCCGCUUUGCGGGCACAGCGGGCUGCUCGGACAGGUGGCGCAGCAACGCUGUCCCAAUUACGAGAGCUUCAGCGACGCGCGGAGGCCGCAUCAAUAGAUGGAGGCGACUACUUUGAGGUUGCCGGCGGUGGUGCUGCUGUUGGCCCUCCGAAACCACCGGCUGCUGCCCCGCAAGGAGCUAGCGGAAGCAGUGCAGGAGUAGCCGCAGGAGGCUCUCAUGGGCCGCCUAGGCCCCCUGGCAUGGGAGGUGGAGGAGGGGGGUCGGACGGGCCUCCCCGGCCUCCAUCACAGCAGCAGGGACAGCAGCAGGCGUUGGUGGGGCCGCCUCGUCCGCCGCCUCGCCAGCAGCAGCAGGAAGAGGAGGGUGGUAGCGGGGAGGAGGGCGAGGCGGAGAAGGAGGCGGAUGGCGGACGCGGGUGGUCGGAGGAGCCGGACCGCAUGGACGACCCCGUGCGGGCCUGCCUGCCCAUGUCCUUUGGCGCCCAGGAGAAGAAGGUGGCCAACCCUAUCAUCUCCCACAACGCCUUCCGCAGGGGCGGCUCGGGCUCCCCCCCGCCGCCCUCAGCAGCAGCACGGCGCGGGGCGGCAGCAGCAGGAGGGAGGGGCGGAGGAGGCGGCGGAGGGGGGUCGUUCGGACCGCCAAGACCGCCUUCAGCUGCAGCGCAGCGGCAGGCGGAGGGGGGCGAGGAGGCGGGGCCGUCAGUGCGGGGUCCGGGGGGCGGCGAGGAGGAGGGCGAAGAAGGAGAUGGGCUGGUGGGUCCCCCGAGGCCGCCGCCAGGCUCAGAUGAAGAGGAGGAGGAGGAGGGCGAUGAGGGUGCUGCGAUGGCGGGUCAGGAGGAGGAGGAAGAUGACCCGUACGGACUGCCCAUAACGCAUGAGGCCAUCCUGCGCGGCCACACCAAGGCAGUCACCUGUCUGGACGUGGAGCACAGCGGCACGCGCAUGGUGACCGGCUCGCACGACUACACGGUUCGCAUCUACGACUUCCACGGCAUGAAGUCCGACAUGCGCAGCUUCAGGGACGUGGAGGCCUCCGAGGGCCACCCCGUGCUGUCGGUGUCCUGGUCGCCCUCGGGGGAGGCGUUCCUGGUGGUCACAGGGGCGGCGCAGGCCAAGCUGUACGACCGCGACGGGCGGUGUCAGGGCGAGUUUGUGCGCGGGGACAUGUACAUCCGCGACGCGCGCAACACGCGGGGUCACGUGAGCGGGCUGACGGGCGGCUGGUGGCACCCGACCGACCGCUACACCGCCCUCACCAGCAGCGAAGACGGCACGGUCCGCAUCUGGGACACGCACAACGUGCUGCAGAAGACCGUCAUCAAGCCCUCCCUGGCGCGACCCGUGCGUACGGCGGUAACUGCGGUGUCGUACAACACCACCGGCUCCCUCAUCGGGGCGGGGCUGGCAGACGGCACGGUGCAGGUGUGGAGCGUGGGAGGCAAGUUUGGCGUGUCUGCGGCAGUGGGGCAGGUGCUACCACCCAAGCCGCAGAUGGUUGAGAAGCAGGGCUGGACGUACGUGAGCCGACCCAACCAGCUCAUCCGGGAUGCGCACGUUGCGGGUACCGAGAUCUCCUCGCUGUGCUUCAGCUCCGACAACACCACCCUGCUCAGCCGGGGCACCGACGGAACGCUCAAGAUAUGGGACCUGCGCAGGUUCCAGACCCCCGUGCACGUGCACUCCAACCUGCCAGCCCCCUACGCGCAGACCCGAGCCAUCUUCAGCCCGGAUGAGUCCCUCAUCCUCACAGGCACGGGUGCCGCGGGUGAGAGCGGCGCGGAGGGCGGCUCGGAGGGUGCACUGGUGUUCUUCAGUCGGGCUAAGAACGAACUCAUACGCAAGGUUGGCAUGCCCGGCAACGUGACGGCGCUGUCCUGGCACCCGCGACUGAACCAGAUAUUCGUGGGGAUCGGCAGCCGCAAGAUGGGCGAGACGCACGCGCUGUACGACCUCACUCGCAGCGAGAAGGGCGUGCUGGGGGCGGCAUCGCGGCGGCCCCGCGCGCCCAACCCGCUGGACUUCACCCCCCCGCUGCUCAUCAAGACGCCGCAUGCGCUACCCAUGUAUAGGGAUGACCCCGUCAAGAAGCGCAAGGCGGAGCGCGAGGCCGCCAAGCAGCGGCGCCCCGACCUCGGCAUGGUGGCGGGGCGCGGCAAGCAGGGCCGGCUGGGGGCCACCGGGGGCACCCUGCUCACACAGCACCUGCUGAAGCAGCGCGGCGGCCUGAUGGCUCCCGAGCAGGAGAUGGACCCGCGGGAGGCCAUCCUGCGGCAUGCGGACAAGGCUAAGGACGAGUUCGCUGCAUGGACGGCCGCCUACCGCGCCACCCAGCCCAAGCCCGUGUAUGCGCAGGAGGAGCAGGAGGAGGAGGGAGAGGAGUGAGAUGCAGGAGGGGGAAGGGGUAACUUGUGUAAGGGGCUGGAUGCAAGAGGAAGCGAAGGGUUGUGUGGAGUUAGGCGGUGGCGGAAGCGUGUGGCCAGGAGCUGGCGGAGGAAGAGGGAGGGUCUGGGUGGGGUGGAGAGCGGCAAGAGAGGAGUACGAGGAUGAGGAGCGCUGCUGACGCACUGGGGUUUGCCAAUGGGCUACAACGCUCGUGAGUGGGCCAGACGCUGUAAUGUGAGCAAGUGGCCUGAAUUGCUGAUUUGCCGUUAGGAGGUUGUCGUACGCUCUGUCCACCGGUCCGCCAGCAGCGCUUUGUCGUCGCCGGGCUGAUUUCACAACCAAGCAUGUGGCACGUCCACACGCUUUGCCAACAAGCCCUGCCCUCUGCCCACGGGGCGUAGCUGCAUACGGCUUGGCCUAUGGAACGCUUGCCCGCAAAUGCGCUAUGUGAAAUGUCAAGCUAAACAUCGUAAGCACUACUUUCCUUUUCCAGUUACAGGCCGACGACACGUAUAGCUCUUACUUGGAUGGAAAACAUGCGUGCUUAACCGCAACUGAAACUACGCUUCCAGAUUAUGCAUGCAUAGGAGUAGGGUCCUCAAGCUUUAUUAGGAAGCUUUCUUAGGCCGUGUACUACAUCAGAUUCCCGACCAAGGUAUGCGCACUCGCGCGAAAUGCUGGCAGUCGACGGUUGGCGAAUGGGUAUGACAUUUCACGCAACAUUGCAGCUAUAAUUUCAAAAUUUCUGGUUAUAAUUAGCGCUACUGAACUGUUUCAUCAACUGUUGUAGACUGUCGCUUUGACGUGAGCGCGCGUUCAGCGAUUAACGGUUAACACUUUUUCCUGUUUCUUCAUCGCUACGCUACCAUUUGGAUUUUUUUGACAACUUAAGCACAGGCAAGCUUGUUUCCUGGCAAGCGCUCGGGGCCAGGCUCAGGAGUGGCAUUGGUUACUUACGACUGGGAAGGUCCCUGACGUCACGUUUCGGGUCUGGAACCAAAGCUGCACAGCAGGGCUUACGCGCCACAGGCACAGCCAGACCCCGAAGAAGUCCACUAGUGUUACGGGACCCACAAUGUUGCUGCCCAGGCGACCUCUUCUGCAGCCAUCCCACCGGGACGGCCGCUGCAGUGUCUCCAACUGCACCACCACAGCCUCCUCCUCCUCCCCACCCUGCUCGUCAGCGCCCCCUGCCCACUCCUCAUCACCACUGCUGCUGCUGAGGGCUCGCGGCUAUCGUGUCCUCGCAGCGCCCCUCCAGCAGCACAACGAGGGGACCACACUGCGGAGUUGGAGGAGCAGCUACAGCCGGGGGUGCUCCGCACCUCCAUCUCGUCCCUUCCUCGCCCCGGCUCCCACUUGCUGCUACUUGCCCUUCGCCUCAACUCCCGGCAUCUCCCCACCUCCUCCUUGCGAGCGGCUGCUCUGCGCUCCUGCUGUCGUACGGUUACAUAAGGCUCAUCUGUACAUCGGCCCGAGUACGGCGACAUGCUGUCAGCGGUCGUACCUGGCACCCCUGCACCCCACGCGG